AUUCCCCUUUCCUUUUUGCUAUCAAACACUCCUUCUUCCAUUUUCUCUUCAUCCGAACACCAAAGACCAGAGCUCUCGAAAAUCUUCUCCCAUGGCAACUCUACGAGUACUUUCCAGCUCUGUUCGAUUAGCCGGCGUAAGUCCGACUAAUUCCUCUCUUAAUCGCCCUGCUUCCGUUAAGAUUUCCAGUCCAUUGUUCACUCAAAGCUGCUCCAAACUCUUCUCCCCUUUGAAGAAUCUGAGUUUCUCCGCUACUGGAAGAUCUCUCUCUUCUUCUAUUCAAGCCAGUGCCUCUGAUUCGUCCAAUUCAAGUAGAGUUCAGGAAUUAUAUGUUUACGAAAUCAAUGAAAGAGAUCGUCAAAGUCCUGCGUAUCUUAGGUUAAGCCAGAAGAAUACGAAUGCGCUUGGUGAUUUGGUUCCUUUCACUAACAAACUAUACAGCGGAGAUCUACAAAAACGAGUAGGAAUAACAGCGGGGCUAUGCAUAUUAGUGCAAAACAAACCGGAGAAGAAAGGUGACCAUUACGAAGCAAUUUACAGCUUUUACUUCGGGGAUUACGGUCACAUAGCAGUUCAAGGUCCUUACCUCACCUACGAGGACACGUACCUUGCUGUGACGGGUGGGUCAGGCAUCUUCGAAGGCGUUAGGGGUCAGGUUAAGUUACAACAAAUCAUAUUCCCUUUCAAACUCUUCUAUACCUUUUACUUGAAGGACAUUGGGGACUUGCCUCUAGAACUUGUAGUCAAGCCCACUGAGCCCACCCUGGCUGCUGAGCCCACACCGGAUGCCAAGGCUUGUCAUCCUCAUGCCACCAUAUCUGGUUACACGGACUAGGGUUCGGUUAGUCCGGUUACUUAAUACUACUACUGCUGCUAGCCUCUAUUCUAUAAACCAUGUGCUCCCUUUUAGGGUGAUCAUAGAUGUCUGAACUAGUUAGAUUUAAUUUGGUUCGUAACUAUACUAUGUUCUUUAUGUUUUAGUCAUGGUUUCCAUUUGUUGGCCUAUGAUAUUCUCUGCUCAAAGUAUGAAUUGUAAUUUUGUAGACUAUCAAGAGUGUUUGGUAGAGAGGUUGUAACUUGUAAUUCUUCUUUUGUCUCCGUGUAUAAUAAAAUUGUUUGGCUAAGUUUAAGUUGAAUUUAA